CUGAACGCGAACAGGAUCUGCUCGUUCCGGGACGUGGAUGAGCUGAUGCGCACACUGCAGCUGGCCGUACACAUUCCCACCUUCCUCCUGGGCCUGCUGCUCAACCUGCUGGCCAUCCGUGGCUUCAGCGGCUUCCUGAAGAAGAGGUGGCCGGACUACGCAGCCACCUCCAUCUACAUGAUCAACCUGGCUGUCUUUGACCUGCUGCUGGUGCUCUCGCUGCCCUUCAAGUUGGUCCUGUCACAGGUGCGGCCCCCGACGUCGGCCUUGUGCACGCUGGUGGAAUGCCUGUACUUCGUCAGCAUGUAUGGGAGCGUCUUCACCAUCUGCUUCAUCAGCCUGGACAGGUUCCUGGCCAUCCGGUACCCGCUGCUGGUCAGCCACCUCCGGUCACCCCGCAAGAUCUUCAGCAUCUGCUGUGUCAUCUGGGUCCUGGUGUGGACAGGGAGCAUCCCUGUUUACAGCUUCCAUGGGCAGGUGGAGAAAUACACCUGCUUCCACAACAUGUCGGACGGCACGUGGAGCGCCAAGGUCUUCCUCCCCCUGGAGGUGUUCGGCUUCCUGCUGCCCUUGGCCGUCAUUGGCUUCUGCUCUCUGCGGAGCAUCCGUGUUCUGCUGAACCGCCGUGCCCGCACGCAGGACUGGAGGCAGCAGAGGGCCUGCGUCUGGAGCAUCGCUGCCAGCCUGGCCGUCUUCAUCGUCUCCUUCCUGCCCGUGCACCUGGGCUUCUUCCUGCAGUUUCUGGUGCGCAACGGCUUCAUCGUGCACUGCGGAGCCAAGCAGAACAUCAGCUUGUUCCUGCAGCUGUCUCUCUGCUUCUCCAACAUCAACUGCUGCCUCGAUGUCUUCUGCUACUACUUUGUCAUCAAGGAGUUUCGCACCAACAUCAUGGCCCACCGGCCAUCCAGGGUGCAGCUGGUCCUGCAGGACACUGUGACCUCCAGGGGCUGAAGGCAGGGAGCCCCACACAGAGCAAGGAGACCUCGGCCCCGAGUUCCCGUGUCAGCUGCGAUGGGGCGGGUGAUGGCCACUCAUCCGUGGCUGGGCUUCCAUGUUAAUGCCCACCCACCCAGCGCCAGCUUCCUUUGUUACUCCCAGAGUCCUCUCAGUGUCAUGAACUGUGUUUGAGGCUUCUCAAAUGAACCGGAAGAAUCCCUGAUGUCAAUGGCCAAGACUAGGGAGGGAAGAGUAUGAUCACCCCAGUGAGGCCGUUGCCCAACUCUCUCCAUUUGUCCAUUGGAGAAGAUUCCAGAAAGAAAGGUUACAGGAAAGACUCAAUGGAGUCGCUCCAAGUGGCACAGACGGGAUGGUAGGAUCAGGUCACGCCCCUUUCUGUCUAGGGAUCCCAGCAUGG